GGUUGAGCAAAAGCAUUGUGGGAAGCAGAAACCUAUGACGUCCUCUUCUCUGUAUUUUCUAAACAUGUUUGGCUGGUGACGACCUAUCACAGCAUAAACAUGCAUUCAAUAGUGGUGAUUAUGAUUAUAUAGCUAAGAGAUAUAGAUGUCUUUAUUUUGAGGAGUCGGAUCGUGUGAACAAUGGACGGAGACGGGGCCAGCAGUACUGGGGCCACUCCCUCAGAGGAGAUGAAUGGUACUGGGAACCUGAUGGACUUCCUGGAUGAGCCCUUCCCAGACGUAGGCACCUACGAAGACUUCCACACCAUUGACUGGCUCCGGGAGAAGUCGCGCGACACAGACCGCCAUAGGAAGAUCACCACCAAGAGUAAGGAGUCUUACUGGGAGCUGAUUAAGAGUCUUCUGGAUGCCUGGUCAGGAUGGGUGGUGAUGCUGCUCAUAGGAAUGCUCACAGGCACGCUGGCUGGAGUGAUCGACCUGGCUGUGGACUGGAUGACCGACCUGAAAGAAGGGGUGUGUCUGUCUGCUUUGUACUACAGCCGUGAGCAGUGCUGCUGGACCUCCAACGAGACCACCUUCGACGACAGAGACAAGUGUCCGCAGUGGCAGAAGUGGGCCGAGCUGAUGACCGGUCACUCUGAGGGUGCCGGGGCGUAUGUGUUGAAUUACUUCCUGUAUGUGUUGUGGGCGCUGUUAUUCUCUUUCCUGGCUGUGUCUCUAGUAAGGGUCUUUGCUCCCUACGCCUGUGGGUCAGGUAUUCCCGAGAUCAAGACCAUCCUGAGUGGGUUCAUCAUCCGGGGGUACCUGGGGAAGUGGACCCUGCUGAUCAAGACGGUGACCUUGGUGCUGGCUGUGUCCUCCGGGCUCAGCCUGGGGAAGGAGGGGCCCCUGGUCCACGUGGCCUGCUGCUGUGGUAACCUCUUCUGCUCCCUGUUCUCCAAGUACAGCAAGAACGAGGGCAAGCGCAGAGAGGUGUUAUCGGCUGCUGCUGCUGCUGGGGUGUCUGUGGCUUUUGGAGCUCCGAUUGGAGGAGUUCUCUUCAGCCUGGAGGAGGUGAGUUACUACUUCCCGCUGAAGACUCUGUGGCGCUCCUUCUUCGCUGCGUUGGUGGCGGCCUUCACCCUGCGCGCCAUCAACCCGUUCGGCAACAGCCGUCUGGUCCUGUUCUACGUGGAGUACCACACCCCCUGGUACAUGGCUGAGCUGGUCCCCUUCAUCCUGCUGGGGGUGUUCGGGGGCCUCUGGGGAGCCCUCUUCAUCCGGGGGAACAUCGCCUGGUGUAGGAGGAGGAAGACCACUCUGUUGGGGAAGUACCCAGUCCUAGAGGUGAUCGUGAUAACGGGUAUCACCGCGGUCCUGGCGUUCCCUAACCCGUACACGCGGCGCAGCACCAGCGAGCUCAUCUCCGAGCUGUUCAACGACUGCGGUGCGUUGGAGUCCUCUCAGCUGUGUGACUACGUUAAUAACCCCAACAUGAGCCGUCCGGUGGACGACAUCCCAGACCGCCCUGCUGGACCCGGGGUCUACAGCGCUCUGUGGCAGCUGGCCCUGGCUCUUAUCUUUAAGAUUGUAAUAACUAUCUUCACCUUUGGCAUGAAGAUCCCGUCUGGGCUGUUUAUCCCCAGUAUGGCUGUGGGGGCCAUCGCUGGGCGAAUCGUGGGCAUCGCUGUGGAGCAGAUGGCCUACCAUCACCAUGACUGGAUCAUCUUUAAGAACUGGUGUCGUCCUGGAGCCGACUGUGUUACCCCAGGUCUCUACGCUAUGGUGGGCGCUGCCGCAUGUCUGGGAGGUGUGACCCGGAUGACCGUGUCCCUGGUGGUCAUUAUGUUUGAGCUGACCGGUGGUCUGGAGUACAUCGUCCCCCUCAUGGCCGCAGCCGUCACCAGUAAGUGGGUAGCGGACGCCUUUGGGAAGGAGGGUAUCUACGAGUCCCACAUCCAACUCAACGGCUACCCCUAUCUGGACGUCAGGGACGAGUUCACACACAGGACCCUGGCCACAGAUGUGAUGCGUCCCAGGCGCAGCGAGCCCCCCCUGGCCGUGUUGACACAGGACAGCACCACGGUGGAGGACGUGGAGACACUCAUCAAGGACACCGACUACAACGGCUUCCCUGUGGUCGUGUCCCGAGAGUCAGAGCGCCUCAUCGGCUUCGUCCAGCGCAGGGAACUCACUGUGGCCAUCAAGACUGCCCGUCAGAAGCAGGACGGGGUGGUGAGCAGCUCUGUGGUCUACUUCACGGAGGACAACCCCCAGGUGGCCGAGGCCUGCGACCCCCAGCCCCUGAAGCUGCGGCGCAUCCUCAACCUCAGCCCCUUCACCGUCACGGACCACACCCCCAUGGAGACCGUGGUGGACAUCUUCAGAAAGCUGGGCCUCCGACAGUGUCUGGUCACCAGAAGCGGGCGUCUGUUGGGCAUCAUCACUAAGAAGGAUGUCCUCCGUCACAUGGCCCAGAUGAUGAACCAGGACCCAGAAUCCAUCAUGUUUAACUAGUGGCCCAAGAAGACAAAGCUUUAUUAUCCCAAGGACCUCUCUGCCCCUCCCUGAGAUUGUAAAUAGUGCUACGCUACUGUAACCUGUAAUGAAGAAGAGUCACUCCUCAAAUACAGGCCCCCAGUGUUUAGAAUGUAGGGAUGGAGAAAGAGGGGUGAAGAAAGAGGGGUGAAGAAAGAGGGGGAUCAGGACUAAGAUGGAUAAAUGAAGGGCGUGUGGACCAGAAUGGAAGGAUGAAUAAAGAGGGGGUGUAAGGACAAGGAAGGAAGAUCAAAGAAGAGGGUGUGAGGACCAGGAAUGGGGGACCAAGAGGGAGGGGUGGAGGAAUAGGGGUGUGAGGACCAGGAUGGAGAGAUGAAGGGAGGGAGGUGUCAAUCAUGGCAAGGAGGGAAGCACCUUAUGUCUGGGAUGAUGAGUUGUUUUAGUUUGAUGUGCCGCUGACGCCAUAUUCAUGUUUUCAGUGACGCUUCAACACCUGCUGUAACUGACUUGAGUCUAAGUUGUCAAUGUUAAGUUGGUGGCCCUUAGAACCCAUUGUUCCCAGGGUAUAUUUCACAUGUUGAUGUUACUUUGACAUUUGCGGCUUCUCAAAUGUUUCUCAAUAUUGAACUGUAAUAACAUAGUUUUAACACGGGUACUGUAUGUAUUUGCUAGAAAACAGCAUAUAAUGUCAAUUGAUUUAGUUUAUCUGGACUUUUUUUUUUUUUUUUUUUUUGCAAUGAAGAAUCCACUUUGGAAGAGAAAUAGCUGAACCGGAAAGAGCCACCAAGUCCAAUGAUUUUCUUGUUACUUUAUAGUUCUCACUCCAUGCUGCCCCUCACCAGUUUCAUAGGUUUUGUUUUAAUAUGGCUGAGGGAAUGUAUUGUGGAAAAUAACUGUGGAAAUAUUGAACCUGCCUCACUUCGGUUCUUUUUGUUUAAUUUGAUACAUAUCAGUCCAGACAAGAGCCACAGUGGUUGUGUGGAUGUAGCCACACUAGGUUCUCCUUCUUUGUUAUUUCAUACUGAAAGAUAAUUCCAUAUUUAUUCAUCUUUUUUUCAAAUCCAUCCAUCCAUUUUUACUACUGUAUUGAGAAACUAUCAAUUUGUCAUUAUCUCGAGCAAUUGAACACUACUGUAGUUGUUUUAUAUGUAUUAUUCUAAUAUGAGCUGUUCAACAUUACUGUAACUUGAAACUGGUACAGAAAACGGAUAUUUGCACUUUUGUUGGUGUUUGUAAAUAACGUCUAAGUGAUGCACAAUAUAUACUAUUUGCAAUGUACAAGGUUCUGACAUUAAAUAAAAGGGGCGUUGUGUCAACAAGAA